GCUGCCAUUCACGACCUCAGCUGUCAAUCACCGGGUUCCAGAUGGUGAUUAUUCACUGGCAACUGGUGAUCGCCGAGUAUUACUGAUGGGAGAGAGAACUGUAUGCAAGCAAUACAGUUCUCUCCCCUGUCAGCUCCUGCACACUGUUUUGUAUGACUCUGCAAAGCAGAGCCAGUGGAAAGCACACACAGCACAUAAUGUGAAACAGCACACAGUUAACCCUCUGAUCGCCCCAGAUGUUAAUCCCUUCCUGCCCAGUGCCAUUAGUACAGUACCAGUACUUUUUAUUAGCACUGAUCACUGUAUUGGUGUCAAUGGGGAUGUCAAUGACACCAAGUCAGUUCCCCCAGUGUCAGACUACCUGCCGCAGUCCCGCUAUAAGUCGCUG